AUGUCAGGGGAAGAAUGUCGGGAGGAGUUUCAGGAGUCCAGAAGAGAAACUUUGAAAAGAUUUCGAGUCGAGCUGGAGAGGUCCCUCGAACGGUCUGACUUGCUUAACACAUCUGACCUGACCGUUCUCCAAGCUUUUGUGCUCUACAUUGUUUGUGGGAGAUGCGACAAGCAAGGUCCAGAUACUAGGCGCUUAACGGAGGUUGCGAUCAAAAUCGCUUUCCAGAAUAACUUACAUCGGGAUGGCCUGGAGCUCAAUAUCUCUCCCUUUGAAGUUGAAAUCAGACGUCGUUUGUGGUGGCAGAUCUGUAUCUUGGACGUACGAACGGCCGAAGACAACGGCUCGGAUCCACAUAUCCUCUCGACAUCUUUCACCACGCGAUAUCCUUCCAAUAUCAACGACGCGAGCCUUCACCCUGAUAUGAGCGAGAUGCCUGAAGAUAAUCCUGGGAGAACAGAGAUGUCCUUCACUCUUGUCAGAUUUGAAGGGAGCAAUUUCGCACGCCGAUUAGUCUUCUCCGAUAAGUUUUGUCAAGAGAAUUCAUACGAAAUUUUGUCAGCUCCCGAGAAAUGCUUGGCCAUCAACAAGUUCAGGGAGCAGAUAGAGCGAAAAUACUUGUCUCAUUUAGACAAGAGUAUUCCUUUGGAUUUCAUUACAGCAGCGUCAAUUCGCCUCAUACUCGUCAAACUCAAACUUACAGUGAAAAAGCCCCGAACGAGACAAAAUCAACAUCUUAUCAUGCAACAUAGUUUCCGAAGGACUUGUGUCGAGACUUUGGAACGUGCGCGCUUGCUGCGCCAGUAUGAAAAGGGAAAGCAGUGGACUUGGCUUUUCCAGACAUACCUUGAAUGGGAUGCCCUGUCUUAUCUGUUCAUCAAUCUGUCACUGGUUCCGGUAGAUGAUGAUGUUCAUUUGGCAUGGGCCGCUGCUAGCGAAAUCUACGACUAUUGGAAGACCCAUAGCGAUGUCUGUCUUGAUCGCCGCUGGAGAAAUAUCGAGGACCUGAGGUCGCGGGCUUUACACGCCAGAGAUCUGGUGCAGAGAGAGCCUAGUGUCUUUGCGACGCUACGAGUGGACAGCUUUAACUCUGAUCAUGGUGAAUCAAAUCGCCUUGAUACCGUGGAUAUAGACACUCCGGUACAGGGCACAUCGAUCAGUAAACCGGAAGUCGUUUCGCAGGUCUUGCACGGUGAAGAUGUUACUCAGAGCUUGGAUAUUCCGAGCGCUGGAACAGGCUGCCAAUGGAGUGCAGGAAUAUUUGAGAGAUACUUUCAAGUAUUAGAUUCCGAGCAUGACUUGCAAAACUCGUGGCUUUAG